AUGGAUCCAGCUUCAAAAGCUAAAAAGACAAGAUAUAGAGUCCCAACUGUUUGUACGGUAUGUCGCCGUCGUAAAAUGAAAUGUGACAAAGCCAAACCACAUUGUUCAUCAUGUGUUAAGAAUAACACUACAAACCUUUGUUCUUACGAAGAACAACCAUGGGCUGCUAGUAAUGAGCAACAAAAGUUGAAAGAUCAAAUCUUUCAAUUACAACAACAAAAUAAUGAAUUGAAAAAGUUGUUGAGUUUCAAUGUUAAGAACAGUCAAAGUUUUAGCUCAUCAACUUCAAGUGGAAGCUUUAUGGAUAGCCCCUUCAGUGCAAACUUCAAUUUUAUCUUACCCGAUCAACCUAUAAAUGAUCCUGUUAUGGAGCUUACAGAAGAUUUUGAUGUGUUAAUGUUGAAAGAAAAUAAAAUGGCACAUUAUGGGUCAACAAGUUAUAUGGCUGCUGUUUCAAGAGACCCAAUUUUAAGAGGUGUAAUGAAAAAUUAUAUGGAUCAACAGAAAUUGGGAGUUAAUUUUGAUAAAUUUUUCCUUUAUGAUCAAAAAAGACCUCUUCAUGCCGAUGAGAAUUGUACCAUAGUUGGUAAAACUGUAACCGAUGGUACAAGUGUUUUUGAAAGUGAUGUUCGCAAGAAUCAUCAAGAAUUGAUCGAUUCUAUUAAUGGAAUAUUACCCUCAAUUCACGUUAUAAGAAUACUUAUUGAUUAUUUCUUUACAGAAACUUAUGUUUUCAUCCCAUUUGUCGAUGAAGUCUCAUUUAGAAAGAAUGUUGAUGAUUUAUUAGUUGUUGAUGAAAAUGGUAAGGCAAAAAUUCAAAUGGAAAAUUUUCUGUUAUUAACCACAGUUGCUGUUUUACUUUGUGUCUUAAGAUUAGCAUUUAUUUCAUUACCAGUUCAUAAACAAGAUGCAAAACCAUCCUCAGCUGGUGAAAAAGUUUUGAAAAGUGGUGUCCAUAUAGGCCCUUCUUACAUUGAAUAUGCCAAAGCUUGUAUGGGUAAUGCAAGUGUCAUGAGAAAACCAACGUUGAAACAUAUAAACGCCUUGUUGAUCCUAAGAUUAUACAGAUAUUAUGCACCAGAAGAUGGAGAUGAAGGUACUGAUUCAACAAUUUUGUUAUCAUUGAUCGUUCAAAUGGCCAAAGUCCAUGGGUUACAUAGGGAUGCUACAAGAUUCUCCAUGAUAUCAAGUCACGCCACUAUUAAUAUGUGGAGAAAGAUUUGGGCUCAAUUGAUGUAUUUAGAUGCUUUGCAAGCGUUAGCUUUUGGCUGCCCACUAUUGAUAGAUGAUGAAUAUGACACAUUGUUACCAUCUGCAAAUUUCAACGACUCCCCGUUAGAGAAAUCAUGUAUUGACAAUAUUAAAAAACAGCAUGAAGUUACAUUGGCAAUUAGAGAUAUUAUACAAUCAUGUUCAAAGAUUAAAGUUCAUCCUAAGAGAUCAGAGCUGGAGAUGAAAGUCAAAAACAUCGAGUUCUUGUUAAUGAAAUAUAGAACUAUAAAAGAGUUGUGUACAUUUGAUGAUCCAAAUGAUGAUUUUAUAACUAAAACAAUCAAAGUUCGGGAUUUAGUUAAUAAAGUGAUGCUUUUGAAUGUUCAUUAUAUUACUUAUUACAUCUUGCUGUUGUCAUGUGAAGAAGGUGAGAUUGCAAUGAUCCAAAGAUUUUCAAAUGCAACCAGUGAAUCUGCUUUGACUUUAUUCAAACUUGUUCACGAUUAUGCUCAAAAUCCAACAAAGUUCAAUCAUCCUUUGAAUUUUGAAUCUUUCUUUUCAGCCACUUUAUUUGAUAUAUCUAAAAGAACACUACAAGCAAUUUGUUCAUUAUGUGUCAGGGAUUUAUCAAAUUUGUUCAAUUUUCAAAUAUCUGUCCAACAUUACCAAUUACCAGAUUCCAAAGAUCUAGUUCAUUGGCUUGAACCGUUAUCUACAAGUAUCACAGUCGGUGAACAAUUAUUAUUCCGUGUUGAGGAAUUUACACAGUUUUGUGGUAAACUAUCUAAGAAGUAUUUCGUAUGUUGGAGAAUUACAUUCAUGCAAAAAAUGGUUCAUGAUUAUUUAGAAUAUCAACAUCCUGGUCGUAUUGCGGAGGUCAAUAAUAAAGUGAAGAAGGCUUAUGAAACACUGAACACAGAUCUUGAUAUUGAACUAGGUUUAACAACAUCAAAUGAUGCGUCUGCCGGUGCAUACUGGAAUCAAUUCACAGACUCUGCAAAUCAAUCACAGUUUGAUUAUUUGGCACCAGAUUUAAAUAAAUAUGACGGUAUCGAUGAUCCAUUCAUGAGUGAUGCAUUAUUUUCAGGUGAACUUAACUUUCAAGAUUUUGAUUAUUUAAUGAGCGAUCUCAAUGGCGUUGCUUCAAAGUCUACAAAUUCUGUUCAUACUGAUGAAGUCUCUCCUCAAAGUAUUACAAGUGACCCAGCGGAUAAAAUGAAAGAUGAUAUUAACAGUAAUUACCCUGGUAAUGAUCUGUUACAUGAAACCGAUGGAAUUCUCAAAAAUGUUGUACCUGAAUUAAAUGAUCAUGAUUUGGCAAUGCAAGUUGCUCGUUCAAUGUUUGGUGGCUCUGGUAGCAAUAACCAACAGUGGUUAUAA